UACUGUACCGAUAAUUCGGUGAACCAGUGUCCAGAGCUGAGCCGUUUAUCGUUAAGCCGGUAAUUCGGUGAACCAAUGUACCGCUGCUCCACCCAUCCCCCAAUCCCCAGGCCAUGCGUUACCUCUACUUCCGCGGCAACACAAGCCAGGCUCGCCCUUCCCGCCACCACCUCCUCGCCUACUUCGACGCCUGCGCCUCGCGGGCCCACCUGGUGGAGCUCCACGGCCAGCUCGUCCGGGCCCACCUCGCCUCCGACAGCUUCGUCGCCAGCCGGCUCAUCGCCUUCCUCGCGUCGCCUGCGGCAAGGCAUGACAUGCACUACGCACGCAAGGUGUUCGACCGAAUGGCCCAACCGAGCGUGUUCGUGUGGAACUGCAUGAUUAGAGGGUACAACAGCUGCGGCGCUCCUGCGGAUGCAUUGGCGUUGUUCAGGGCUAUGCGUUGGAGGGGAGUCUCUCCUGAUAAUUACACUAUGGCAGCGCUCGUGUCGGUGAGUGCUGCCUUCGCUGGCUCGACGUCGUGGCGAUCAACUGGGAACGCAGUUCAUGCACUGGUUCGGAGGAUUGGGUUUACAUCGGAUGUAUUUGUCAUGUCGGGUCUUGUUAAUUUUUAUGGUGCCUUGAGAAGUGUUGAAGAAGCAAGCAAGGUUUUUAAGGAAAUGUAUGAGAGGGAUGUGGUGUCUUGGACCUCAAUGAUAUCAGCUUUGGCACGGUGUGGUCAGUGGGACAAGGUGCUAAGGUUUCUUUCUGAGAUGCAAGCAGAAGGCAUUAAUCCCAAUAAAGUCACGAUUAUAAGCGUACUUUCUGCUUGUGCCCAAACACAGGCUGUUGAUAAAGGCCGCUGGGUGUACAAUCAGGUUGGUAGAUAUGGUAUCGAGGCUGAUGUGGAUAUCAGGAAUGCACUCAUAAGCAUGUAUGCGAAAUGUGGAUGCUUGUCUGAUGCUUUGGAAGCAUUUCAGGACAUUCCUGCAAGAUAUACUAAAUCAUGGAACACGUUGAUAGAUGGCUUUGUGCAAAACCAUGAGCACAAAGAAGCAUUAAUAUUUUUUGAAGAGAUGAUGUUGCAUGGAGUAGCUCCCGAUAGUAUAACACUUGUAAGUGUCUUAUCGGCAUGUGCUCAACUUGGUGAUUUGCAGAAAGGGAGGCAUGUUCACAGUUAUAUCCAAGAUAAUGGGAUCUGUUGUGACAAUAUCCUUACAAAUUCUUUGAUCAACAUGUAUGCCAAAUGUGGUGACAUGACUGCAGCUGAAAAGAUUUUUCAAACUAUGAAAAAAAAGGAUGCUGUGUCCUGGACUGUUAUGGUAUGUGGUUAUGUGAAGGGACAACAAUUUAGAUUGGCUUUUAACCUAUUUGAAGAGAUGAAGAUUGCAGAAGUUGUGGCACGAAUGGCACUUGUUAGUCUCCUUUCUGCUUGUUCACAGUUGGGAGCACUUGAUAAAGGAAGGGACAUACACUCUUAUAUAGAAGAGAAGAAUGUAGCCAAAGACUUGUGCCUAGAAAGUGCCUUAUUGGAUAUGUAUGCAAAAUGUGGCUGCAUUGGCACUGCUGCUGAGAUAUUUAGAAAAAUGGAGCAUAAGCAAACCCUCUUGUGGAAUCUCAUAAUUGGAGGUCUUGCAAGCAAUGGACAUGGAGAAGAGGCAGUGGAGCUCUUUGACCAAAUGCUGAAGUUACGAGAUCCAAAACCAGAUGGUAUUACUCUUAAGGCAGUUCUUGGUGCCUGUGCACAUGUAGGAAUGGUUGAUGAAGGUCUCCAUUACUUCUAUUUGAUGUCCAGCCUUGGUAUUUCCCCUGAUGUUGAGCAUUACGGUUGCAUAGUAGACCUACUGGGCAGAGCUGGUUUGCUAGAUGAAGCAUUUCACUUUAACAAGAAGAUGCCAAUAGAGCCAAAUUCUGUAAUUUGGGGAUCACUUCUUGCAGCUUGUAGAGUUCAUCACAGAAUGGAUCUAGGAAAGGUAAUUGGACAACAUAUUGUCAAUUUAGCUCCUAAUGACGUGGGAGCGCAUGUGCUUGUUUCAAACUUACAUGCUGACAAAAGUCAAUGGGACGAUGUCGAGCUUGUUAGAGGACUAAUGGGAACUAGGGGUAUACAGAAGGCACCUGGUCACAGUUCCAUCCAAGUAGAACCUUCAUAAUGUAAACUUCACUUGAAUACAUGAUCUGACAUGAAGUAAAAUAUACAAAGUCCGCACGAUCGAUGCAAGUAUGUAACUGUUCAGUUUCAGUUUUCUUGAAAAUAAUAUUCAGUUUCAGUUUUACCAGAUAUCGGGCAUGGCAUGAUCAAACUUCACUGUCUACAAGUUAUGAUUUCUAGUUCAAUACCGAAUGCCUAAGGCAGGGUGUACAAGUCCUCAACCAAACGUUUGCUGUUGUGCAUAGUCUAUAGCAUGGCCUAGAGAAUCUUUUGGUUGCAUUACUGAAGUGUGCUUUACAAGCCCUGUGUGGUACUAUCUGUUCUGGCGUCAAAGUUCAUACUAAAAUUUUAGUUACACACGGAAGACUUUUGCAAUUAUACUGCCUGGGCCGUGGGGCUGUAGCCGGAAGACAGUAAUGCUUACAUGUGGGUAUGCUGCGUGACUGAUCUCCGUGCUGGAUCCUUGGGUAGGCAACCUUAGGUGAAAAUGAGAGGCCCAACUGUACACUGUAAUUACUGAAGUGUACCUGCAGAGAUACAGCAGCAAUGUCAGGAUUUACUUUGUGCAUCCAUAUAAUUACAUUUUCUCUACUCUUGGAUACUGGUGAUAGUUCUGCCUCUAUCUGUUGAGUUUAAAACGCUGCAUAAGGCCAAUUUCAGCUUAUCUUCAGAAUGUUAAACAAUAGUACUCGGCAGUCUGCAAUAGUCAACUAAACCCAGGUUAGACAUAGAGAACUUUUUAAUUAUUUGCAAAUGUUUCCAGAUGUUUGACAAUAGUACCCAGCACUAGCUCACUAACCCCCAAGGUUUGGCAUAGAUAAUCCAAUCCAGUGUAUUUUACAAUUUAGAUGG